AUGACGACAGCUUUACAGCCUUUUCUUCCACAAGAGAUCCUCGUCGAAAUUCUGAGUAAACUCCCUGCCAAAUCUCUGGUGCGAUUCAAAUGUGUUUCUAAAUUCUUUUGUUCUCUGGUUGUGGAUCAUCCUUUUGCCGAUCUUCAUCGCAAUUGGUCCUUAACCCUUCCCAGUAGGAUGAGCAUUCUCAUCGUUUACCCAAUACUGCGGCGUGGCACCUGUUCCAAUUGGUAUUACAAAAUAAAUUACUCCGAAGAAAAUCAAGGAAAGCUCCAAGCCAAUCGCCUCCACUAUUUCGACGACGACGACUGUUUUCGAGAGGUUUAUAUGAGCUCCUCAUUGAACGGCCUGAUUUGUUUCUGCAGAAACUCAAAUGACGACAUUGCUAUUCACAACCUUAGUACUCGACAGCAUAUUCUUCUCCCGGCAAGCUGCCGCCGUGUGCGGCGGCGCCGCUCUAGGAGCCGCAUGAUGAACGCUAUAGGGCUCUUAGGUUUUGAUUCAGUUUCGAGAAGAUACAAGGUGUUGAAGUCAGUACAGUUUUGCACCCACCCUGGCCCCGGCCAGGGCUGGCAUGUUUCGGUAAAGCAUUGGGUGUUUACACUGGGCGUGGAUGAAUCAUGGAGGGAGAUCCACUCCUCUCCCUACUUCCAUCCUUACAGUUGUUUGAAUAGCUAUUGUGCUAGUGUUUAUAUUAACGGCGUUAUCUAUUCGCUUAAUUACUUGAAUAAUUCCUUGAAUAAAGAAGGUGACCGCAUAGUAGCAUUUGAUUUUAAGGUUGAGAAUUUUCGAGCAAUACCUCCUCCUCCCUCUCCCUUAACUACUAUGAGGGCGGGAUUGGUAGAGGUGGAUGGUCAAUUAGCUCUUGUUAAUCUUAAUUGGGAUGAGGAUGACCCCGGUAUGGAAAUAUGGAUUAUGGAGGUGGAGGAGAAGGAGUCUAUGGUAUGGAAGAAACAAUAUGUGAUUCACUUCCCCAUCCAAUUGGAAAGGUGGUUUAAGAAGACGAAUUUUUUCUUAGCUACUAAUCAUGCUGGGGAAAUUGCUGUUGGUGGAUUUAGUGAAGAAGAAUAUGCUCUGCUAAGUAUCUUUUCAGAGGCUUGUGGCACUAAAAUUAAACCGGAGGAAAGCAGCAAUGCUUCUUUCUGCUUUAAAUUGUCUUGUUUUCUUCCCAGGAAAUCACAUUAG